UCCCAAGAGCUAUAAAGACCUUCUCUGCACGCGUGGAGUCGGUGAGGACAGCCUGCCAGAGUCGGCCUCCUCAGUGUUCCAGGUCUUCUGACGCCAUGGGCACCCGAUGCCUCCUGGUUCUGCUUCUUGUCCUUCUGGUAUUGAAAUGCGAGGUCCAGGGGGACGACAUGGCCCGGCAAGAUGAAGCCACGGGCCCCACCCUGCUGUCCCAGAUGCAGGAAUCACUCUACGGCUACUGGGGCUCGGCCAAAGCAGCCGCCCAGGACCUAUACGAGAAGACAUAUCUGACCGCUAUGGAUGAGAAAAUCAGGUAUCCACAAGCCACGCCCCCCCCCCCCAGGGGAACCAGGA